CAGAUAAACUUGGAGAGCAGCUUCCUGUUCUGGUUUAUUCUCAAACAAAGAAGAGAUGAAUCUGGUUCAGAAAGUCCUCUGGAGGAAGAAAGACAGGGGGAGGCAACCGCUGGCCCCCAAUCAGACAUCCCUCUCCAGGCUGCUGCUCCAAACCUGUCCAAGGCUUCACCCCGUGGGACAAACAGAAUGGAUCUUCAGGCAGCAUACAGACUGAUCGCUCCCGGCUUGGCGGCAGGAGUUGGAAGUCCCCGGAGUUGCCUGUGCCCUCUUAACUUUCCAAAUGGUUUCGGUGACCAGGGCCGUGUUUGGAGACCUGCCCUCAGGGGCAGGAACAGUGGAGAAGUUCCAGCUGCAAUCAGACCUGCUGAGAGUGGACAUCAUCUCCUGGGGCUGCACCAUUACGGCUCUGGAGGUCAAAGACAGGCAGGGCAGAGCCUCUGAUGUGGUGCUCGGCUUUGCGCAGCUGGAAGGGUACCUCCAGAAGCAGCCCUACUUUGGAGCAGUGGUUGGCAGAGUGGCCAACCGAAUUGCCCAAGGAACCUUCUCGUUGGAUGGGAAGUUGUAUAAGCUACCCAUUAACAGACCACCCAACAGUCUGCAUGGCGGAGUCAGAGGGUUUGAUAAGGUCCUCUGGACCCCUCAAGUGCUGUCAAAUGGUGUCCAGUUCUCACGUGUCAGUCCAGACGGUGAGGAGGGCUACCCUGGAGAGUUGAAAGUCUGGGUGACAUACACGCUGGACGGUGGGGAGCUGGUGGUCAACUAUCGCGCACAGGCCAGUCAGACCACACCUGUCAACCUAACCAACCAUUCCUACUUCAACCUGGCAGGUCAGGGUUCCUCAAACAUAUAUGACCAUGAAGUCACUAUAGAAGCUGAUGCUUUUUUGCCUGUGGAUGAAAACCUCAUUCCUACAGGAGAGGUUGCUUCAGUGCAAGGGACCGCAUUUGACUUGAGGAAGCCAGUGGAGCUUGGAAAACACCUGCAGCAGUUCCACCUUGGUGGAUUUGACCACAAUUUCUGUCUGAAGAGAUCUAAAGAAAAGCAUUUUUGUGCACGGGUCCAUCAUGCUGGAAGUGGGCGGGUGCUGGAAGUGUACACCACCCAGCCAGGGGUCCAGUUUUACACAGGCAACUUCCUGGAUGGCACACUGAAGGGCAAGAGUGGAGCAGUCUAUCCCAAGCAUUCUGGUUUCUGCCUCGAGACCCAGAACUGGCCUGAUGCGGUCAAUCAGCCCCACUUCCCUCCUGUGAUGCUGAAGCCUGGUGAGGAGUAUGACCACACCACUUGGUUCAAGUUUUCUGUGGCUUAAGGAAGUUUAAAGAUAUGACCUGUCCCAGGGACAGGCUGGCAGCACCUUCAACAGCUGGUCUCCUGCCUAGAGAUGAGAUGAAGAUUUAGAGCCUUUAAAAAUGAUCCUAUGAAUUAAAAUCAUACAAAUGACAGCUAUUAUGAAAAUCAAUCUGAAAAGUGACCCUGUGAAUCAUAUAAUGGUAGCUGAAUGUUGAUUUACUUUUCCAAUGAAUGGCUCCAGUCUCUUUUAAGUUCUUAAAGAAAACUCAACCUCCAAUGUCAUCUAAGCCCCGACAGAGCCCAGGAGUGAUACCUGGGCACCCUGUGCUGCUGUUGCUCCAUCUCUCUAACCUGCCUCUUUCUUUUCUACUUUUUACCCUUUUUAUCUUUGAUCUUACUUGCAUUCCUUUCCUUUUUCCUCCUCCUCUGCCUCCAACUGCUUUGCCCUGGUGCAGCACUUCAGCACAUUCAGUGCUCACAUUAGCUCAUUCAACAUGCUGGCAGGUGGAUCUCUCUGCAUCAACGAAAUGCGAGGGGCUAAGGCUCAGAGGGUACACGACCCACCUAAAGACAUACAUUUAGGACUUGAGGUCAGGAAAUUCAAGCCUCCUUUGCCUCCACUUUAGUCCGUCAGAGCAUUCCUAGGGUCACUGACAGACAAAGGGAAAGAGGGGUGCGCCUCUGUUAGAGAAGCUCUUCUUUCCAGAUUCAGUUUUAUAUGAAGCAUCAGUCUGAGUUCAACUGCCUCUGAGCCUUACAGGGAGUAAGACUUGAAGUGCAAGAUCACUCUUUCAGAGAGAAUUUGUGAUUCUUAAUUGAGAAAACCCUGCCAGCCACGGUGUGGGAGGAAAGAACCCAAUAGAGACAGGCUCUGGGAGAAGGGCCUUACCUGAGGAUUGCACGCUGCACUCAGAGCAGACGUUGCAUUGCGUACAAAGGGUCGGGGCUCCCUCCUUUACUGGACAACUGGAGUCAUCAGUGACGGGUUUGGGUUGAUGAUUUUUAAAACCAUAUACUUCAUGCUGUACCAUUCAAUUAAUUAAAAUAAAAAUCUGUACCUUCAGAUUUCCAGUGUCUUGACUCUGUCAGAUGAACCUUUACAAAAUGGGCCAAAUACUUGGUGAGUCCUGGUUGCCCUGUUCCUCGAGGGAAGUCAUCCGCUGGCAGCCUGUUGAGCUUCCCACACUUCCUCUUUCUUAGCAGCAAGAGUAACCAAAAACAUUGCUUAUUUCAGCCUUAGUUUCCUGAGUAGCUGCUAGGUACACAGUUCUCUGCUGGGUCUUUUAAUGGAGUUCAAGAGGUAAUGCCCGAGGUGUAUUUCCCCACAGAGACAUCACAGUCCCUCUAGAGGAGGCAAGAAGACAGUAACGAGAGAGUGUCAAAUUGCACCAUGACAGGGCUAGGAACCCAG